UAAAUACUGUCUGUGCGUAAGCUACUGUUAGUAGCCAAGCGUGCAUCACACCAAUUAUUAUAACAUCACGCUAUAUUAGCGGAACACUCCAAAAACACCAAGGGGCGAAAUCUGGCAACACCAGCGUGCUGGAAUCGCCAAAUGGUCGAACCUACCACGCCGGCGCGUCUAAUUGUGGCCCCCGAUCCCUGCUACACAGCGCAGACGGAGAUAAACACUCUGUCUGUACUUAAUCUCACCUAGCGCAAGAUAGUUAAUAUCCAGAGUAUCCCACUCCCCCCGAAAAUGACAGGAAAGGGCGCUGCCGACACCGAGCCCACGGUCCAGGGCAUGAUCCACGACAACCUCGCCAAAGCCGAGCGAGAAGCCAAGAUCCGGCGAGAAGUCAUCAAAACACUCGCUAGGUCGCUCGAUAGCUUCAUCGACUCCUUUAGUGCCCCUAACAAAGGGGACCACAAAAAGGUAGCAAGGGACUUCGCCCGAACCCUAGGGCAACACCUAAAUGUAGCCGUCUUUGCGGAAUCUGGAGGCAACCUCACCGCCCCCAUCAGACCCUGGAGUACACUACGCUCGGAAGACUCAGGUGCCCCCCUUCAAAGCGUAACAACGGGGACGUCCUACGCGGCAGCAGCCAACAGAGGCGGACUCGUAGCCCAAAGCGACCUCCAAGGGAAGCAAGGGGACCAGGAUCCCUCCCCGGCAGACACUACCCCCUCCGAAGAAACGUCUUCGUCCGAGGACGUGGAUAUGAAAUCAGGGGGAAUCGAGGCUGCUAAAGCGCUAAGCGCCCCGACCCCGGCGGGCACCACUGUCAUGCCACCGGCAGGGCCUAAAUUCAUCCGCCACAAGGCCAACACCGAGGACAGGAUUAGGAAGCCCGAGCGCAAGCAGCUAGAGACGAGGACCCCGUCCCAGGCGGCCAGGGCACUAAUCCAGCGGCAACAAGACCUAAGGAACUACGAACACCUCGAUGAAUCCUCAUAG